AAUUACUAAAGAAAAUCUUACCUCUCUACUUUUUAACAACGUUUUUAAAGAAGCUCUAUUUUGUUGCUUAUUUAUUUAACUAAUUGUUGAAUGACACAAUCAAUAAAAUAUUUUAAAUAAACUACAGAUAAUAAUAAUAGUUAUAAUACUAAAUUAUGCUAAUUAAUUAAUUAAUCUCAAAGGCCACUAGAUCUGCCUGUUUACUUGAAACUAAAUUACUGUUUUUUUCGUUAGCGAUAAUUAAAAUUAUUUAAGUGAAAAUUAAUUAAUUAGUGAAAAUUAAUAAAGAUAUAGAAUAACAGAUAAUAAUAAUAACAAUAGCAAUAAUAAUAACAAUAAUAAUCCCCGAUACUUUACAACGGUUCUCCUUUGGAUGUUGAAUUUGGAAUGAAGAUGUAUCAUUAACAGUACAAAAGUCAUUUUGUACUUAUAUUAUUUACUCUGAUACCGACCUACCUACAGAUCUGCACAUACAUAAACAUCUUAUUUCCUAAAUAACAGGCAAUGGAAACGACAUUGGAACACGCGGUAGACAAAGUGAUCAACAGACUGAAGUGUCCACACUGUCUCAAAAGUUUUACAAAUCCUCGAAGUUUGCCCUGCAAACAUGUUUUCUGUUUGCCGUGUCUGCAAGUCAUCUUCGACAACUAUUGUGGGGGAGGAGUCUUCAAUAGAUACAGAUCUACUGUACUACUUCGUCGGUCAGCCAGUUACAUCUGCUGUCCAGUCUGCCACACGCUGGUCUGUGUACCUGCGGCCGGUGUGGCUGCCUUCCCAGAUGCCGAUUCCGCUGAAGAUGUCAAGAAGGUAACAUGGAUACAAUAGAAAACAUCAACCACCAGCAGUUUGUGACGUCACACGAAAGCAAUUCGUCUGGAAACCUCAUCAAUAGCGCUAAUGUUUCUUUGGUAGAGGAAGACGAAAGUGCUGAAAAUAGACAGCAUAUCGACGGUGAAAAAUACAACAACGUCAAGAGAGAGUGCCACAAUUUUAGUGACAAUUAUUCAAAUAGGUUUUCGUUCCCAAAUUUCAUUUCUAAAAAAAACACCGACAAUAUUGUCGAUGAUGCAAAAAUAAAUGAGGAAAUAAUUGCUGACGACAUCAACAAAGAUCCACAAGGCCAACAGCACGGUUCAUCAACUGAUUUUGAAAGUUGUCAACAAUUUGAAAGAAAUAGAAGAUCUAGGAAAAACUUUCGAAACAUCAAAAGCAACCUGAAACUGACAGCAGAAUACAGCGACACCAGUAGCGAGAAAAGUGACUUCAGCAUCCACAAAGACGUCAACAACAUGAGAGACAACAUUUCCACAAACAUAUUAAACAAGAACAACUCAACUCUACAUAGCAGCGUUGAUAAGGAAACCGAUACAACUGUUUAUACCGAUAACUGUUUAAAAAACGCAAGCAAUGAAACCCACACGACCAGCAACGAUGAAAUGAAUGAUGGCAAACACUCCACGAUUAAUCCAGCACCAACAACUAUCUCUGCAACAACAUCAACAACAGACAACUCCUCCGACAACAAAUCAAAACGUUUCACCUCAUUUUCGUUCACAACUUUUGACAAGAGCCAUCAUCAGCCACGACAGUACGUUCCAACAACCAGAAGAUGUUUCAGUCUGAGAGACAAAAUAAAAAGAGAUCCAUCCUUUAGUACAGAGAGUUUUGAUAAGAUCUACUCCUCAAUAUCUUCGUCUAAGAAUUUGAACGAUUCGAACAAUGGCGCUUCCAAGUCCAACGGCAGCGUUUUAGGAGAGCAUAAAAAUAAAUUUUCUUUUGAGAGCAAUAAUUACAACGAUGGAAAAAUUAACUUUAACAUAAAUAACAAAUUCUCGUCAGACUUUAAAACCAAAAGCAGCAACCCGAACGAGAAGUAUCGACAGAGCAGCCUAAAAGACUCCGAAACGUUUGGCUAUUACAGGAAACGACCGACCAGAACUCGAAUGUUUGCAUAUAGAUACAGGUCUGAUCCGAGUCACUUUGCAAACAAUUAUGAGUUUUACUCGUCACCGAAUUUGAACGUCGUUGACGAAUCGCCAACUAGAAAUGAUGGAUUUACGAAACACGCUAAACAUUCAAAUAUUAAAACUAACAUGUUUAACGGAAAUUGGAAUUAUGAAAAUUUAGAAAGAACCAACACAAACAACAAUGGAUGGCGUAAAACUAGCAGCAGUAACAACUCUGAAAAUAGUUUCAAGUCUUCAAUGAAAUCCGACAGUUUUUAUGUUUUUGACAAGCGAAAGCACGAAAAGAACAUAAGAAGCGACCAUCCAAAAUACAAGACUACUUCAGAUAACAAAGGCACAGGCAAGCUGGUUUGUGAGUACAACGCCGAGUUUUGCAUACCGACAGGAAUGUGUCAGUUGCCAGCGGAUCGAAUCGCAAUUGCUGAUUACGGUUGUGGGCUCGUUUAUGAAAAGAAAGGAAAAAUUAUAAAAAAGAUUGACAACCUAGGUUUCAAAAACAUCAACGUUGAUGAUAAUAAUUAUGAUUACAGGUUAAAAUUUGAAAUGAAAGCGUAUUUUAUCAAACCCUUCGGCAUUGCGUAUUCGAAGCAGCACAAUAAAUUCUUCGUAGCAGAUCGCGUUCGCAAAACAGUGCUUAUUUACAAGCACAGCCAUUACGAAAACAAGAAUGGUUUCAGCAGUACAUUCGACCAAUGGCGACACGGCCUAUUCAACUGGAUUUGCGCACUGACCCUUGUGGACGACUGCUCGCAUGGGCAACAACUGGCCGUUCUCGAUCGCAACAUGUCCUCAGUUCGACUGUACGACUUGACGACAUCAAAGGAAACGCGUCAUUUCGGUACGUACGGAUCGGACGAAGGUCAAAUAUGCAUGGCAGAAUUUGCUACAUGGGACAGAAAUUUUCAGCAAUUACUCAUCAGCGAUUCCGGAAAUCACCGAGUUGUGGCAUUUGAUACAAGACAAUCGCGGUGCAUCGGUCAUUUUGGAGGCCGAGGAAGCGACGAUAGUGGCCACUUACAAUGGCCCAAAGGUGUCAGCGUGGACGAGAAUGGUCAGGUGUUUGUUGCUGAUGCAGGCAACAAGAGGGUAAGCAAGUUUAGCGGCGAUGGCUACUUCAUUGAACAUGUGGUCACCAACAUCAAUGCCCCAUACAACGUCAUCCUCGAUGAAGAUGCAUCGGUCAGUGGUGGAAGAUCUCGCCUGUUUGUGGCCACGCUGUCCUUGCAGAACAAAGCGCAGUUGUUUGAGUAUUUGACGUGAUGACGGCCAGUACCGUUUGAUGUUUCGUAAUUUCUAUCUGCGAUUAUAUUGUUUUUUGUUGUUGUUUAUUUCCAAUAUCAUAUUUAACACAUGUUAGUUUAAGUUCGCAGUUUUUUCAAAUUUUGCGUGUCUACGAUAUACGUGAAUUUAAAAAAAUCUUAUUGUUUAAAACACCACAGAGUUAUGUUACCAACAGACAGUUGGCAUUGCAUUAACUGUAUUGCAUUAACUGUAUUGCAUUGUUUAAAAAUUUAUUGUAAAUAUUUAAAAAUUGAUUUUCAAAUUAAUUGUUAAAAUUCUAUUUAGAUUAUAUCACGAAGUUGUUUUUGCUUAGUUCUGUUCCGUGCAUCCAAUGCUUUUGUAAACAUUCAAAAAUGAAUAUUAUUUGUAUUGAAUUGUGAUUAAGUUGAUUAUGUUUAACACAGACACCAGUGAUUUCGACUUUUCGUGCAAAAUAUUUACUCUUAAAAAACAUUACUUUUAUCACAGCAAUUCACUUGAGAUAAGCCCGCGCCAAGUUCCUAUUUUAAAGUCAUGCCUGAAAUAAAUUGCCUUACAUUAUCUUUACCCUUGUUACUAAAAUAAUUAAUGUUAUAUAUAUAUAUAUUGUUAAUGGUGUAAUUGAUGUUACCUAUAUUGCUGAUAACUUUAUUGAUGUCAUUUUGUAAUGUUAAGAAUGUCACGUAGGUACUUAUUACAAUUUAGCAUUUUGGUAAUUUUUUUCUUGUGCGUGCAUUUGGAUAGUAGAAUCUAGAAUUGUGUAUAUGUCAUAAAUACUGAAGUCAUGUCCAAGAAUUUAUUUAAUUUCAUUUCAUUUGAGUGAUAUGUGGUUAGCUAUUCCGCUCUGAAUUGUCUGAAUUUUUCGACUUUGUAUUCAUUGCCGUGGUAGUUAGUGAAACCUGAAAAUAGAUCAUUAGAAUAUUUUCUCACAUAUUUUAUUUUUUAUUUUUUCCAUUUUGUAAACUCCUACGUCUUGUGAUCCACACACACACACACACACACACACACACACACACACAUAUAUAUAUAUAUACACAUACACACACAGAUGAACUCACGAACGCAUGCACACACACAAAUACUCCCUGGUUGCAACUUGAAAUGUUUUCAAAUCAAUUAAAAUAACCAUAAUAUGAUAUUACAUCGAUGUUGUCUGGACUUUAUUCUAUUUUGUCCUGAGAAUUAAUUUAAAUUAUUUUGCAAAUCUUUCAUUAUUUCGUUAUUCCUAAAGAUUUUUCUAUUACGUUUGACAAUUUUUAUUCAACUUAUGAGAGAAAAGUUGAAACAUUUUGAAAAAGGUUUAACAAAUCAUUAAAAA